GCAGGUCUGCUCGAUAUAAACAAUUAGAGAAAAUUGUUUCAUCUGAGUAUUUGUGAAUUAUUGUGAAACAGACCUUGAGUGAGGUUCUCUAUGGAUAUCACUUGUGCUAGCACUGUUGUCCUGCAGGCUCUGACCCAGGCUACUAGCCAGGACACAGCUAUUUUGAAGCCAGCUGAGGAGCGGUUAAAACAGUGGGAGACACAGCCUGGUUUCUAUUCAGCAUUGUUGAAUAUCUUUACUAAUCACACACUAGAUGUAAAUGUACGGUGGCUUGCUGUGUUGUACUUCAAAAAUGGAAUUGAUCGUUACUGGCGGCGUAUUGCUCCACAUGCUUUAUCAGAAGAAGAAAAAUCCUCUUUGCGUGCAGGGCUCAUUGCAAAUUUUAAUGAACCAGUGAACCAGAUUGCAACCCAGAUUGGAGUACUAAUUGCUAAAGUUGCCAGAUUAGAUUGCCCUCGGAACUGGCCGGAACUAAUUCCCACACUGCUGGAGUCUGUUAGAGUGCAGGAUGAUCUCCGUCAACACAGAGCGUUACUUGCUUUUUAUCAUGUCACUAAGACUCUGGCAUCCAAAAAACUGGUAGCCGAUAAGAAACUUUUUCAAGAAUUGGCAUCUGGAAUCUACAGCUUUGUUUGUUCCCUGUGGAAUCAUCAUACUGACAGUUUUUUACAGCAGAUCUGUAUUGGAGAAACAGCUGCCAUCAAUUCCUUAGAAAGAACUUUGCUUUCAUUGAAAGUUCUUCGCAAGCUCACAGUACAUGGGUUUACGGAACCCCAUAAAAAUUUAGAAGUAAUGGAAUUUCUGAACACAGUUUUUGAGAGGUUAAAACAAUUCCUGGAAUGUCGUCGGCGAAUCAAUACAGAGAGUACUUGUAGUGAAAAACUGGAGAAGACUAUUAUCCUGUUCACUAAAGUGCUUUUGGAUUUUUUGGACUAUCACCCAUUUUCUUUCAUCUCGUUGAUUCGGAGGUCAUUGGAAUUUGCUGUUAGCUACACAUUUACAAGUGCUGGUGAAGGUGUAGUGUUUGAGCGGUUCAUUGUUCAGUGUAUGAACCUCAUUAAAAUGAUUGUCAAAAAUGAUGCUUACAAACCAGCAAAGAACACUGAAGAAAGCAAGCCUGAAACCUUGGAAGCACAUAAGAUAAAAAUAUAUUUCUUCAACUAUUCAACGUUAACCGAAAUCUGUAGAAGAUUGGUAUCUCAUUAUUUCCUUCUGACACCUGAGGAACUAUCUAUGUGGGAGGAAGAUCCUGAGGGUUUUGCGGUGGAAGAGGCUGGAGGGGAUUCUUACAAAUACAGUUUAAGGCCAUGCACGGAAGUGUUGUUUUUGGAUAUUUUUCACGAGUACAGCCAAACACUUACACCUGUGUUAUUAGAAAUGGUUCAAAAUCUACAUGGACCAACUAAUGUGGAGGAUACUGUUGGACUAGUCAUCAAAGAUGCUGUGUACAAUGCAAUUGGAUUGGCAGCUUAUGAACUUUUUGAUAAUGUGGACUUUGACCAGUGGUUUAAAAGCCAGCUUCUGGCUGAGUUGCAAGUUACUCACAUAAGAUACAAGCUUAUUCGGCGUAGAGUGAUUUGGUUGAUUGGUCAAUGGAUUUCUGUAAAAUUUAAAUCAGAAUUAAGACCGAUGUUGUACGAGGCCAUCCUUAAUCUCAUGCAGGACCAAGAUCGUGUGGUGCGCAUCGAGACAGCUACAACCCUAAAACUUGCUGUGGAUGAUUUUGAGUUUAGAACAGAACAGUUUUUACCAUACUUGGAAACUAUUUUCAGUCUACUCUUCCAAUUGCUGCAACAAGUCACAGAAUGUGAUACAAAGAUGCAUGUUUUGCACGUCAUUUCUUGUGUCAUCGAAAGAGUUGGAAUGCAGAUUCGUCCUUAUGUUGGAUGUUUGGUACAGUAUUUACCUUUGCUUUGGAAGCAGUCUGAAGAUCACAAUAUGUUGCGGUGUGCAAUUCUCACCACGUUGAUUCACCUAGUUCAGGGUUUGGGAGCAGACAGCAAAAAUCUCUACCCAUUCUUGCUGCCGGUCAUUCAGUUAAGUACAGAUGUUGCCCAGCCUCCCCAUGUUUAUCUCCUGGAAGAUGGUUUAGAAUUAUGGUUAGUGACAUUGGAAAACAGCCCAUCUAUCACUCCAGAGCUCCUUGGAGUCUUUCAGAAUAUGUCUGCUCUACUUGAGCUUAGUUCUGAAAAUGUAAGGACUUGUUUCCAGAUAAUAAAUGCUUACAUUUUCUUGACCUCUUCAGAAUUUUUACAGAAUUUUGCAGCUGCUCUGUGCCAGUCCUUCUGUGAAUUGAUGCAGGAUAUCACCACUGAAGGACAAGUUCAAGUACUUAAGGUUGUAGAAAAUGUUCUAAAAGUGAACCCUAUAUUAGGGCCUCAGAUGUUUCAGCCACUUCUUCCAUCGGUCAUUAAAGGAAUCUUGGAUGGAGAGAGAUAUCCAGUGGUAAUGUCUACAUACCUAGGCAUCACAGGACGAGUACUAUUGCAAAAUACAGUCUUCUUCUCUUCCCUUCUCAACCAGAUAGCAUUAGAACUCAACCGGGAGAUGGAUCAGCUUCUUGGCAGUUUAAUUGAGAUGUGGGUUGAACGAAUGGAUAACAUUACACAACCAGAGAGGCGUAAACUUUCUGCUUUGGCGUUACUUUCACUCUUGCCAUCAGAAAACAGUGUCAUUCAGGAUAAAUUCUGCGGCAUUGUAAACAUUUGUGUGGAAGCACUGCAUGAUGUCUUGUCAGAGGAUCCAGACACAGGAACUUACAAAGACUGUAUGGUGAUAUCACAUUUUGAGGAGCAGAAAGUAAGUGAAGAUGAAGAACCCCCAACUGAACAAGACAAGAGGAAAAAGCUGCUUGCAUUGAAAGACCCGGUGCACAGUGUGUCACUGCAGCAGUUUGUCUACGAGAAGCUGAAAGCACAGCAAGAAUUACUCGGAGAGCAAGGCUUCCAGAGUCUGAUGGAAUCUGUGGACACUGAAGUUAUCAGACAGUUGCAAGGAUUUUUACAAAAGUUGUGAAAACUGUUUCCUCUUAUUAAAGAAGAAAUGGAAAACAUGCAAAAAUAUAUUCUUACAGCAAACAUCACCAAAGCUUCCAUCAUUAUAUUGUGAACACCCCUCAUGCAUAAUCUGAUGUAAUAUCCUGAUGGAGAAAUCAAGUGAUACAUUAUUUUGAACUGUGUUAAGAAGAAACAGUGCAAAAUAAGGCAACCGUGCCUGAGGUAAAAGAGCUCUUCGUAGCUUCAGUAUUGUUCAUUAUAUUUGAAGACCAGAGAAAGUGCAGCUUUUUUCAUUUUGUAUGAUUUGAAAGAUUGCAGGAAAUUACAAAGUGUGACUGUAGAAAACAGUUGAUGUGAUAGCAAAUAUACAGUAAUUGAGUGAAAAUUGAACUUUUGGGGAGAAAAUAUUUUUGCUGCCUCAGUAUCCCUCAGCUACAGCUGCAAAAUAGGUUGGUUUCAUAAAUUAUGUUCACCAGUUUCACAGCUAAAUGUGCUCCAAUUUGGAAACAAUGUGUAUUUAAUCCACACAUUCAUGCUGUAGAAUUAACUAGAUUAAAUUCUGCCUAGGUAGGAGAAUAUGUUGACAUAAUGCCUUACUGUAUUUUAUCACCCUCACCUCAACUGCAAAACCUAUUUUCAAGCAUUUUCAGUUUUUAUUUUAAGUAAGUUUAAAAUCAUGAUUUGGCCUUCAGGAACCCAAGUAUUCCAUUUAAAUAUAAUGUUCAAUUGCUUCCAUGAAUAUGGUUCAAAUCCACAGUGUUCCUUCAGGUUUUAUGUUAAUGAGCAACAUGGAACUUGAACAUUCACCAUCAUUCAGUUUUCAGGCUAAUUACAAAAUCCUUUAAGAAAGAUUACCAGUAAAACAAUAAAGUCUUUGUUUAGC